AUGCUGGCAGUGAGUGGCGGCGGCGCUCCCAGGGAAGGGGUCCCCCUCGGUACCCGGGGCUGGGAGCCGGGGCAGCCCUCGCCAGCGCCGCGCCCUCCCCGAGGCCCGAGCGAGGCGCCGCGGGAGGAAUUCCAGCCAUUUCCUCUGCGCCGCGCGGUAUGUGGCCUGCUCGCUGCCCGACCGCAGCGCGGCCCGGAGGUGGGGGCCGGCGGCGCGGGCCCGUCACCAGCCGCGUCUGGCAGCUGCCCCGGCCUCGCCGUCCCGCUCCGGAUUCCCGGCUGGCCGCCCCUCGUCCCGGGCGACCAAACCGGCCCUGGAGCUGCCCCGGGCCGGCGCGGCGCUGCCGGGAACCCCGGCUCCUCCCCGCGCGGCCGCAGCCGGCGGAAUCGCUCCCGCCCCACGCCCGCCUGCCUCCUCGGUCCCCGCCGCGCACCCUACCCCGCGAGUCCCCAGAAUCUCAGUUUGAAACUGAAGGUGGCCUUUGCUACGUCAACUUGGGGCACGUCCCUUAGCCUUUCUAAGCGUAUCGCUGCUGUCCUCAGCUCUCCUGGAUCUUCCGCCCACCCUGCCCAGGGCCUCUUCUCCAUACUAAUUCGCGGUGGAGCAGUCGGGGCGGCUUUACAGAAGCAGCUUCCUGCCAGCGGCAAGUACCUCUUGGUAGAGCCAUGUCGAUGCUGCCCUACUUGUCGAGGCCGGCGUGUGCUGACGGCACAGGGACUGACACUCUGGGCUCAGAGCCCACAUGGAGCCAGGAGGGGAGGCUCUUUCGCUGAGGUGCCCAUGGUGAUAUCGGAAGCUUGCUCCUCAGCUAACACCAGGAAGGCCACGCGUGUGAGCAGCCCGGCUUCUGAACCUGAUCCUGGCGUGGGUUAGACUCACCAGAUA